AUGUAUUCACAAAGCAGAAAUUUCCACAACCACAACACACAUUUCAAUGAGUGUAUGUUUUUUAAUCCGGAAACGCCUCAGCAAAUUUGUCCAAGAGUGUGGUUAGGACCACACAACGCGUUGUUAAACAAUACAGAUAAUUAUGGCAGUAACUUCCUAGUUCAGCGUAAUAUCAAGAUAAUCAUUAAUUGUGGCACGACACUACCGUUCCUCGACUUGAUUGAAAAUAACAGGGACGUAGCAAUAUCGUCUGAUGUGUUGAUUUUGAGUUUGGAUCCUUUCUUUCAGAGUCACGAUGAGCUUGCUGCCAACUUUACGCGCAAGUAUAGUCGAAUAUUAGCAAACUACUUGAACUAUUUUUAUAAAAGUAAUCCAAAUGCUGCCAAAUUGAUACACCAAUUACCGAACUCAACUGAUCGUAUCCAGAUAUCAUCACCUAUAUUGUGUGGAGCAAACUUGAUGAUGCAAUUUUUCAGUUUAAUUAGGUUGAUCAAUUUAUUUAAGCUGAUUAAUCAAGAGAUGGAGGUUUUAAUUAUAUCACAAGAUGGGAAUGAUAAUUUGCUGACGGGCCUUAUGAUCGCGUACUUGAUGGAUACUUAUCGCUACAAUUUAUUGAAUUCAUUCAACAUGAUCAAAAGUAGAAGACCGUCGAUUUACGAUUGGUCAAGUGUUGAAUAUGAUGCUUUGUUGAAACAGUUUUAUACUCAGAAUUGUGAAAUCAAAUGCACUCCUUUAAUGGAUACUAUCAAAAGGUCAUCUCAGGAAGAUGACAGCGAGUUAAUGGCUGGUGGAGAUAGAAAGAGAAGAUUCUUACAUUAA